GUUCCAGUUUUUGAAAUGCCAAAACAUUUGUCAAAAUAUCCCAGACCAUGAAGGACAGAGGCCAUAACAGGGACCCAAAGCAGUGUCGCAUGAAACUUAAGGAGCUGAGGCAAGCCUACCAGAAAACCAGAGAGGCAAACAGCUGCUCCAGGUUAGAGCCCCAAACAUGCCGCUUCUAUGAUGAGCAGCAUGCCAUUUUAGGGGGUUCAGCCACCACUACCCCAGCCGUGUUGAUUGACUCCUUCAAUGGAGAUGGAGGCAACAUGGAAGCAGGUUUUGGGGACGAGAAAGAUGAUGAUGAUGAAGUUGUAGAUAGCUCACAGCAAGCAAGUGGAGAAACCGGUUUCCUGACAGCCAGGAACUGUUUCUCACCCGGACCUGGAGCCAGUACCCCCCGAACCCACCCAAGGCUGCCCCCAGACCCGCCAGGUGGAGAAGGGACCCCUGCUGCAUGUGUUUCAAGGAUCACAGGAUCUUCUCCUUCCCAGAGGCUACUGAAGAUUAGAAGGCGAAAAAAACGCACUCAUGAUGAAAUGUUCUCUGAGCUCAUGCUGUCCUCCCACACUGACAGAGCACAGACGAAUGCGUGGAGGCAGACAAUGUCCGAGUGCAGAAAAGCACAAAAUGACCGGGAGGAGAGGUGGCGGGCUGAAGAGAGGGCUGAAGCUGAAAGGUGGCGGCAGCAUGAUGAGAGGAGGCAGGAUUCAAAGCUGAGGCUGCUGGAGGAUCAAACUAAUAUGCUCCAGCAUAUCGUUGAGCUGCAGGAAAGGUAGCUGGAGCUCAGACUGCCACUACAGCCCCUGUGUAACCAACUGCCCUCCUCCCCAAGUUCCAUAGCCUCCUCACCCAGACGCCCAAGGACGCAGUGGGGGAGCCUCCGGCCACCCAGCCACUCCACCCCAGAGGAUUGCCUAAGCAACAGAAGGCUGGCAUUCAAUAGCUUUUAAAGUUUUAAACUUUUAAAGUGCUGUGUGGCCUUGUCCUUCCCUUCUCCACCACCCCUCUUGGUGCUUCUCUCCUCCACCACCCCUCCCGGGCUACCUUGGCAGUUAUCCCCUAUUUGUGUGAUGAAUUAAUAAAGAAUGCAUGAAUGU